AUGUUUUCAUUACCUUUCCGGCCUUGUCGGGUCAAUUGCACGCCUUUGGUUGGCCAGGUGAGGCAAGCGUCAUCUAAGCGCUGGCAGGCUCGACAACAAAAGGAUCAAUUCACAAAAGAAGCCGCCGUCCAAGGACUUAAAAGCCGAGCUGCCUUCAAGUUAUUACAGGUUGCCGCAAACCGUACCCAACCACACGGCCGAGUCCUCGGCGUCGAUCUUAUUCCCGCGCAACCUCCCAAGGGAGUCUCGACAAUCCAGGGAAACUUCCUCGCAACCGAGAUCCAAACUUAUAUCCGAGACUUUCUUCGGGACCCGGAAAGGGGCAGACCACGGCAACCUGGUCUAGGCGAACCUACGCCCAGCUUAUUGGAGCCGAAACCCGACGAGAGCGCAGGAGGAAAGGAUGGGCAAGAUAAAAUUCUUGAAAGGACAGUUGAUGUUGUUCUCAGUGAUAUGUCUGCACCCUGGCACCAGACGUCCGGUUUUUGGAAACGAAGUCUAAGUGCUCCUUAUAACAGGAUGAUGAAUACAAGCGGCGUUACCUUCAGGGACCAUGCUGGAAGUAUGGACCUCUGCAAUGCCGCCUUGCGAUUCAGUACGGAUGUCCUCAAAACAGGCGGCCACUUUGUUUGCAAGUUCUACCAAGGUGCCGAGGAUAAAGAACUAGAGAUGCAGCUGAAGGCAUUGUUCAAAAAGGUCCAUCGAUUAAAGCCUGAAUCAUCGCGCAGUGUAUGA